AUGGUGCUCAACCUGUUACCAUAUGUCCUUGUCGCAUCGUUCCAGUUGAAUGCUUUAGUGAGCAACUUGCCAUACCAUUUGUUUCAGCGAAGUCUACCAGGGUCACUCGCAACUGCCCCUGAAGGAGCAGUAGGCUACUAUCAGCCGCCACCGGGACCUGUUGUCAAUAAUGCUCAGCCGACGGAGACCAGGCCAGCAGUGGAUACGACAGCAUCAGUGACAAGCACAGCGAACACUCAAGGUCUAUCGCGCGAGCCGAAACAAGAGCCAGCUGAACUUAACGGCGCACCAGCAGUGACAGCGACCCUUGCUUCUGUCUCUGACCUACUAGCGAACACUCUGUUCUUCAGUGGCUUUUCAAUCCUGGAGCCAAGCUUGGAAAUGGCACCGGCAAUUGUGGAAGUCGGUUGUCCUUAUGAGAAAUGUAUAGAGCUCGUGGAAAGAUAUCAUAGCUCUGACUGUUCAGAUGUAGCAAAAGAGAAAGCCGAAGCCUCGGUUCGGGCGGCGAUCAUCAGCUUUAAGGGCUCCGCUUCCCCGCAUUCAUGCAGCAGACCCCAAGCUGUUCAAAUUUCAUAUCUCUCCUAA